CGCUUCUUGUGGAGAGUUGAUGGAGGUCGUCUGGAGAGGCACAGGGAGGGCGGCGAACGCCUUACCCAUGGACCGGUAAGUUAGCCCUCAACGGACUUAAUGGGUGGUUCGGCGACCGCAAGUGGUUUAAGUAUCUUUCGUCCCCCCUUGGGCUACACCUCUCUUUUUCUCUCCAUCUCUCUGGCUACGCAGAGUCUUCGACAUCACAUCACAGCACAAUAUGGCGAACGCGUUUUUCAAGAACAGAAGGGUCUACCUGUUGACCCUGGUGGCCUACAUGGGAUCCUUCCUCUUCGGAUACGACACUGGUGUCAUGGGAUCGGUCCUGGAACUGGAAAGCUUCAAGAAAGAUUUCGGAAUGGCCGCCUCUACAACUGGAUUCUCAAGCAGCAAGAACGCCGAGAUUUCCUCGAACGUGGUAUCGCUGCUUACGGCUGGAUGCUUCUUUGGUGCUUUGGCUGCACCUUGGUUGAAUGAACGCCUGGGUCGUCGCUACUCGCUCAUGAUCUUCGACGUCAUCUUCAUGAUCGGAGCUGCUGUUCAGACUGGGUCUUCGCAUGCUAUUGGCACCAUCUAUGGUGGUCGUGUUAUCGCCGGUCUGGGUAUUGGUGGCAUGAGUGCCAUCACACCUGUCUUCGUUUCCGAAAACUGCCCUCCCGACGUUCGGGGUAGAAUUUCUGGUCUCUUUCAGGAAUUCCUCGUUUUGGGAGUCAUGUUCAGUUACUGGCUUUGCUAUGGAGUGAAGAGGAACAUCGCGCCCACCACUAUGCAAUGGCGCGUUCCUGUCGCUUUGCAAUUGGUCCCUUCCGGUAUCAUGUUCUGCGGUCUUUGGUUCCUCAAGGAGUCGCCUCGUUGGUUAGCGAAAAAUGACCGUCACGAUGAGGCUUUGGCUUCAUUGGCAUAUAUCCGCUGUGUUCCUACCGACGACCCAGAAGUUCUCCAGGAGCUUGCUGAGAUUCGGGCGUCUGUCGAAGAGGAGUUCUUGGCUACUGAAGGCCUCAGCUGGAAGGAGUGUCUGAAGCCUGGAUACCGUGAGCGUUUCGGCCUUGCUUUCUGUAUUAUGUUCUGGCAACAAUGGUCAGGUACCAACAGCAUAGGAUACUAUGCUCCGCAGAUCUUUGCGUCAAUUGGCCUAUCGUCGUCUAGCUCGUCGCUCUUCGCUACUGGUAUCUAUGGUACUGUCAAGGUCAUCGCAACCGGAAUUUUCCUCAUCGUCGGUAUCGAGCGCUUCGGCAGAAAGUGGCCAUUGGUUGUUGGAGCCUGGUGGAUGGCCAUCAUGAUGUUCAUCAUCGGCGCUGUCCUCGUGUCUUUCCCCCCUGACCCAGAUGCUACCUCUGUUAGCUCUGCGUCCAUAGCCAUGGUCGUUAUGAUCUACCUUUACGUUAUCGGAUAUUCUGCUUCUUGGGGACCCGUGCCUUGGGUCUAUGUCGCAGAGAUCUUCCCGACCAGACUAAGAGCAUACGGUGUGGGUCUGGCCUCUGCUACUCAGUGGCUUUUUAAUUUCGUCGUCACAAAGGUCACACCCGCGGCCAUCAACAGCAUCGGCUGGCGCACUUUCAUCAUGUUUGGCGUCUUUUGCACGGCCAUGGGCGCUUUCAUUUUCGUCUUCUUGAAAGACACUACGGGCCGCAGUUUGGAAGAGAUGGAUAUUCUUUUCGGAGCCGUGACGCCCGAGCAAAGAAGAAAAGAUGUGGAGUUGGCCGUUGCGGAGGAAUAUAAAGCUGAUCCUCAUGCUCAACAUGUUGACCGUGUUGAUAUUGAGGAGGAAAAGAUUUACAAGGAUAGGGAUGUCAAAUAGAUGGGCCAGAAAGAAUAGACUUGGAGGUAUUACACUAUAGAUGGAGCCUACAUGGCUGGAUAUAGAUAUAGAUUUAGAUAUGGAUAUGAGAUUAUGAUUAC